AAUAACUAACAGAAGAAGAAAACCAUUAGCGUCAGUAGACCGUUUGUUAUGAUUUAAUAGUAAACUGUAGGAUAAGAGGAACCAGCUCGACAGGCCUGAGUUAUAUUACUGUAUUUAUAUUUGUGUAACGAAUGAGGACUGUAUCAUAUGCGCAUGUUGCUCUACUGUAUUAAAUGACGUUAGCAAAUAUCGAAAGUCCAUGUUAGUUCUUAUGCUUCGUAGGAGUAAAGAGCAGUGACCUAACAACAACAGUGUUGUUUUGGACCAACUCUUGCUGUAGUGGAGGGGGCAAGGGCAAAACCCAGCAGGUAGCGACACAGCAGGACAGACGGGACUCAAGAUGCCUCUGUUCUUCAGAAAGAGGAAGCCUAGCGAGGACUCCCAGAAAAGAUUGGAGCAUCAGUUGUGCCGGUCAAAAGAAGCUGGUGCUGAUGACAUUUUGGACAUUUCAUCUUGUGAGCUGUCAGAGGUCCCCUCGAGUGCCUUUUCCAUAUGUAAGGUGCUACAGAAGAAGGUACUUAUCCUCCAUAACAACGAACUGAGGUAUCUGUUGCCCAAAGGAUGUGACAUCAGCAGUCUCUGUAAUUUAAAGGUUUUGGAUCUGCAUGAGAACAAGCUCACUUCACUCCCAGAAAACAUUGGGAAUCUGGUAGCACUACAGAUUCUAAAUGUGGAAAAGAACCGCUUGAAGGCCUUGCCAGAGUCCAUUGGGAAUCUGCGACUCCUGCAGACGCUCAAUAUAAAGGCCAACUGUCUUAGUGAACUUCCGUCAUCAUUUGGUGGGUUGAGUAGCUUGCGCACCCUGGACCUGAGUGAUAAUGAGAUUGUUCAGCUCCCCAAAGCUCUGGCUUAUAUCCGCACCUUAGAGAGCCUUACUCUUAAUGCUGAUAAGAUGUCCUACCCACCUGCGUCUGUGUGUACGGACGGAACAGAGAGCAUCCAACGUUUCUUAUGCACUGAGCUGGGAGAGGAGUACUGCCCUCCAUCACAGUAUCUCCUGCCAGUGCUGGAGAGCGACUGUGGUAAACAGAGCUCUGACUGUUUCGAUGGGUUGGCAGCAGAAGCCUGGCAGAACAAAUUCAGCGACUACGAAAAAAGAAAGGAGCAGAAGCAGCAGGAAAAGCUUGCCUUUGAGUGGCACCUGGAUCAGAAACAAAAGGAGCACACCCAGCUGGUACUCAUGAACACCUACCACAAAGAAAACAUCCUCAACUCAGUCCGACUGGAGCAGGAACGUGUGGAGCAGGGGGUCAGUCAGCUGCAGAGAGCUCAGGAGGCAGAGAGAAUGCUGGUGUUGGAAAAAGUCAGACAAGCUGAAGACAGCAUAACCAAUCGCAUCAGCAGAAUGCUAAUGGACAACAGGCAGAAAAAGAGUGCAGAGUUUCUUCAAGCCAUGGAGGAAGAUCGAAUCCGUAUGGAACAUCUGACUGCCAUCACACAGGAAGAAGCCAGUUCAUUGAGGAAGAGAGAAGUGGCAGCGGCCAUGCAGAAGAUGCUGUCAGACAACUAUGCUAUGAGCCUUCUCCAGGAGGCCAGUGAAUGUCGCAGACAGAGCCUGGUUUCUGAGGCCUGCAGGAGUAUGGAGAAUUUGGACAGGAAGUUUGACAAGAUGCUUUCCCUUCAAGUUUUGGACAAAUCUAAAGCCAUUGCCCAAAUCUUACAGGAGGAGGAGAUGCAGAAAGCAGCAUUCCAGGCCCUGCAGCUCCAGAAAGAUGCUGUACAUGGCUACAUUCGCAACCAGAUUAAGCUCAUAGAAGGUGAAUUAAUGCAGCUGACUAAACUGGAGAUUAAAAAACACAGUCUGGAUGCUGAGAACCUACAGGAGAUUCUUGUGGAACAGCGCACAGCUCUUGGUGACUUACUACAGCAGCUUUUAAAGCAGAAGGACCAGAGAGAGAAGGAGCUACGGCAGGUUCUGAUGGAGAUGGAGCAUAAGUCAGAGUCCAGUCAGCAGAAUUACUGGAUGAUCCAGUACCAGAGACUGUUGGAUACUAAGCCCCUCUCACUGCGCAUGCAGGAAGCAGGUGUGGAGAAAGAGUUAGUCAACCUGCUGUGCAGACUGUCAGCUCAGCACUAUCUGCCCAUUCUGGCUCAUCAUCAAAUGACAACUGAGGCUCUUUGCCACAUGAACUCCUCUGACCUCCAAAAGCUUGGUAUUAAUGAAGUGGGAAUCCAAACAGCUCUCCUCAAUUGGGCCAGAGAACGGCAGCCUAAAGCAGGAGCCUGUAAGGAUGCCCAGCAGGAAGAGGAAACAGUUGUCCCCACUGCUCCUUCCUUCGUCCAGAGUCCCAGCCCUCCGCUUACACCAGGGACCCCUGUCACCCCCUCAGCCCCCACCCCGGUCGAUGGGCCAGGCAGUUCUGAGUGUGUGGUGUGCAUGGAGACUGGGUCCCAGGUUAUCUUCCUGCCAUGUGGUCACGUAUGCUGUUGUCAGGUCUGCAGCGAUGCUCUUCAGAGCUGCCCUUUGUGCCGCAGCAGCAUAUCCCAGCGCAUUCGGCUCUACCGCAACUAGAACCAACCGCUGUACUGGUGUGUUAUCAGCCACCACUUUAUUUAUGCACGAUCGUUAAAGCUGCUGUGAGAUAAAUUUGUCUUAUAUAGAAGAGCUUGUAGCAGGUCUUUAAAGCGCUGAGCCAUUUUCAUGUAUCAAUAAAACAGUGCUCUGUGAUAGCUAUUCAGCAACAUGUACUUGUAGCCAUCUUUUUAAUAGCCAUGUUGUCCUAUUAUCUCUGCUGUCCACAAAUGUUUUAUUUAGUUAUUUACAAAUAACAGUUCAUUGGUAUUAAUUUUGUCUUUUUGUGUUAUACUGUAUAUUAAGAGCCAAGUGGACCACACCACUCAUAUAACCUUCUUAGUUGAUGUGUGCCUUUUUUUGGAAAUCUAUUUUCUAAAACUAUGUGUUUGUGUUGUCAACCAAAGUAACAUAAGUCCCACAUUGGUUUAAGUUUACUGGAGUAUAAUCUGUUUUGUUUGUUUGUUUUUGUCGCAGCUUUUUGCUCUCAUUGCAGACCAUCACUAGUACAACCUUGUGUUGUUUUUUAUAGGCCAUUCCACAACAGUGUUGCCCUCUCUGCCAGGGACAGAGGAUUAAAUUGUAUCAUGUAAACAAGUUGAUUUGAGUAAAAAGUUGCUGGACCUCGA